AUGGCCCCUGGAAAUCAGUCAGCUGUGACUAUGUUCAUCCUACAGAGAUUUGUGGAUGAUCCUUGGCUCCGGACUGCUCUCUUCUGUCUCUUCUUCACUCUUUUUAUGGUGGCCCUGUUUGGCAAUGGCCUGAUUGUCAUGACUAUCCACUGUAGUCCAAACCUCCACACACCUAUGUACUUCUUUCUGGUCAAUCUUGCACUGUUGGACGUGGUUUGCACUGCAACAGUCCUGCCCAAGGUCCUACAGAGCCUAGUGGCUGAAAACACUAUCUCUUUUGGGGGAUGCCUCACCCAAAUGUUUGUCUUCUCCUGGGUCCUGGGCUCUGAACUUCUGCUAUUCUCUGCGAUGGCUUAUGACCGCUACUUGGCCAUCUGUCAGCCAUUGCACUAUGGUACCCUUAUGAGUGACGGGACCUGUGUAGCCUUGGCAGCCUUUGUAUGGUCCACAGGGGCUCUCAAUUCCUUGGUGCUCACCUGUCUAGUGUUGCCUCUGUCCUUUUGUGGCCCCAACAUCAUCACACACUUCCUUUGUGAGAUCCCAUCAGUGCUACUGCUAUCCUGUAGCCCCACAUUCAUCAAUGAUAUCAUGACAGUCAUUACAGACAUGUUUCUGACUGGCCUGAAUUUUCUACUGACCAUGACGUCCUACGGCUUCAUCAUUGCCAGCAUCCUGCGAAUCCGUUCAGCUGAGGGCAAGCAGCGUGCUUUCUCCACCUGCUCUGCCCACUUGGUGGUGGUCACUGUGUACUACUCAACUGUGCUCUACACCUACAUCCGACCAGCCCUGGGAUCUUCUGGACUCUUAGACAAGAUCACUGCCAUCCUGUACACCACUGUGACCCCAUCUCUCAACCCCCUUAUCUAUACCCUGAGAAACAAAGAAUUCAAAGCAUCCUUUAAGAAACUGGUAUUUUUCUCUCAAUGA